GUCCCACAUGAAGCUUUUGGCAUAGGCUAGAGCUGGGUGGGGAUGGCAAUACUGGUAGAGCCCAAGAAGGUUGCUGUGAUGAAUGCAGGUUUCAUGGCAAAUGGGAUGUGGGCAGCAGAGGCUCAAUACUACUUCAGGCUUCCUGUGGUGUAAACCAUGAUGGUUCAGAAAGUGGUGUUUAACUCAGCAGGAGCUAGAAUCAGAGGAUAUCCACUGUUUACUAGUUGUAACAUGAACACCUUGGUUUUGGGCUGAAUUACUGUGCGUUGAAAAGAAAUGUUACACAUAAAACCAAAAUAUAUGCAAGUGGAGGCUUUGCCUAGCCUACAGAAAUGUUGCUGAUGUGGACAAGUCCCGAGGAGUUUGCACAAAGCCAAGGUUCUGCCACAGACUUAAUGCUAAAUCCCUACCUUCCCCUUAAUCUCAGGGAUUGUGUGUCAAGUUCUGCAACCUGAAUUAACAUCUGACUCUCCUCCAGCAAAGUCAAGCCCAGGAGAAGGGUUACCCUGACCUGUUUCAGAGCCCUGUCAGGUCCCAGAGGAAAGGACGGAGAGGACUGCACUCUCCCUAGGCAACAAACUUUUUAGGGUAGAGGGCAAGGACUUCUGGUCUGAAGCAGAGGGUGACAAGAACUGCUCUGUCUCUGAAUCUAUCAUGGAACAGAUCAAUGGAUCUGUCCAGAUGGAGCGUGUGCUGCUGUACACUUUCCUGGAGGUGUCCUCUGACUGUAAGUUCAGAGAGCAGCUGCAUUCCCUGCAAAGCCAGGGGAUUGUGUCUUUCCCAAAAGGCAGCUACGGCUAUGAUGAUGAGGUGGAACUUCAGACUGAUGGCAAUCGGAGUGGCCACUUGCAGAAUGGUGAGCUAGUGUUUGACCCUGAGGUAAAUGAAGAAGUUAUCCGGAUCAUUGCUGCUCAGCUUGCUGAGAUUGGAGACCAGUUUGAUAAAGAAAUCAAAGCAAGAGUAGUAAAUGAUCUAGCGCAGCACUUUCUAAAUGAGAAUCUGUCUGGAGAGGAGAUAACCCAGCGCAUGUCGGAGGCAGUGGAAGGGCUUGCACGAGCCAUCCCCUCAGACAUGGAACAGGAGAAGGCCAUGUUGGUGCUAGCAAUGGUCUUAACUAAAAAAAUUGCGAAUACAAUGCCUUCCCUUCUACAGCGUGUCUUCAGCACCACUGUGAACUACAUUAGCCAGCAGCUCCACAACUACAUUGUUAGAAUGCUGCGUGAGUGAGCGCUCCAGCCCUCUGUGUGGAGAGUGUGGAUUCCUGAAGACUUUACUUCUCUUGAUGUACAUGAAUCACUUCCUUUGCUCUUAACUUCUGAGAUACAGCUGUGAAAGGGAAGGCAGAGCUUCAUAGAUAGGCUUUUGUAGACUAGCACAGCAAUGACGGUAGUGUGAGCUGUAUGCCAGCUCUGCCAGUACCUGUAAGGAGUAGUGCUUGCCCUCUCUCAUUUUACAAUAGUUUUUUUCUUUUUUUUCCUGUUUUUUUCUGGUGUUUUGGGGUUUUUUAAUCUUAGCAGUAGCAGACUGUGCAGACCCUGGCUUGUGCCUCCAGAGGAAAUGCUGUGGGCACAGAAUCUGCACUCUCAGUAUUUUUUUCUAAUCAGCUGUAGUGUUUUGCUUUAGUUAUGCUCUUCCCAGCCCUGCUCCUUGUGCUGCAGCUGAGCCAUGCUGAGUGUUAAUUGUUCCCAGGAAGGCCUCAGGCUGUAGAAUGGGUGGUUGAUCAGCACAGAUCACCAAGGGGGGGUGGGAAUCGGGUCUAUCUUAGAGGGGAGCUGGCAGCAAGAGGGAGCAGCCCUAAAGGAGGUAGGAGUGUUUGGCCAGGGAAGGCUGAAGUAAAGAUGCUUCAGUAUCAAUCACCAUAAACCUGUGCUUGCUGAAAAAUCAAACAAGAAACGGUAAAGAAAAGGGCAGGCGUAGGUACAGGGCACAUUCUUUCAGGGAACACAACCUGGAUAUGCUUGAGGAAAAGUGUUUAGCUUUAGAGUAUCUUGCUAUAAAGAGAAAGAAGGUAUCAGCCUUGGAUCAGGAAGCAUACCUGGCAUCUCUUAUGAGUGUAUCGCAAUCACAUCUCAGGAUCAACAAACUUGGACUCGGGUUGUUUGAUACAUACCUGUAGUCCUACACAAGGUGGCAAAGGCUUUACUGGUGAUCCAGCUGCCUCAGAAGUUUUGAAAUGAUGUAAAUAUUUUGUGGAAUUUUUUAACUUAAAUAAAAUUGUCAGUUCUCAUGGCAA